CAAGCCUGCGAAGAUGGCGACUUCAGGGAGGAGUACAUUAUUAUCCUCCAACUCAACUGGACAUAACAGCACUCUGGAAAACCAAAACCCAGAAGACGAAGAUGGACAGAAUUUAUGGUCGUCUAUCCUGAGCGAGGUUUCGACGCACUCCCGAUCUAAGCUACCGUCGGGAAAGAAUGUCCUGGUCAUGGGUGAGGUGGGUUCGGGGAAGACCACCCUGGUUGCUAAGCUACAGGGGGUGGAGGAGUACAUGAAAGGGCGUGGUCUGGAAUACCUGUACUUCAGUGUCCAUGAUGACGACAUUGACGACCAGACCAGGUGUAACGCCUGGGUGUUGGACGGAGACCUCUACCACAAGGGUCUCCAGGGUGUGGCAGUGCCAGUGGAGGCGGUGGGCGACUCGUUGCUGCUCAUCACGCUGGACAUGUCCCGGCCGUGGAACGCUCUGGACUCGCUGCAGAAGUGGGCCGCCGUCGCCAGGGAACACAUUGACAAGCUGCGGGUUACCCCGGAAACGCUGAGGGAGCUGGAGCACAGAUUGGUGAAGCAGUUCCAGGAGUAUGUGGAGCCAGGCAGUGAAGAGGGUACCCCCCAGAGGAGGACUGAGGAGGAGGAGAGUGUUCUGCUGCCACUGGGAGAAAACACACUCACACACAACCUGGGCCUUCCUAUGGUUGUAGUCUGCACUAAGUGUGACGCCAUCAGCACCCUGGAGAAGGAACACGACUACAGAGACGAACACCUGGACUUCAUCCAAUCACACAUCCGACGCUUCUGUCUGCAGUAUGGAGCCACUCUCCUGUACACAUCGGUGAAGGAGAUGAAGAACCUGGAUGUGCUCUACAAAUACCUGGUCCAUAGACUGUACAGCUUCCCCUUCCACUGCCCCGCACAGGUGGUGGAGAGAGACGCCGUCUUCAUACCCUCAGGGUGGGACAACGAAAAGAAGAUCGCCAUAUUGCAUGAGAACUUCCAGACGCUGAAAGCAGAUGACAAUUUUGAAGAAGUCAUAGUGAAGCCCCCGGUCAGAAAGUUUGUUCAUGAAAAGGAAAUUCAAGCGGAAGACGACCAGGUGUUUCUUGUGAAAUUGCAGUCGCUGCUCGCCAAACAGCCUCCUGUGACUGCAGGACGCCCAGGGCAGGACCCCACCAGUAGAGCUCCCAGUGGUUCUCCAAGGACAAGUAAUCGCUCCGCAGCGGCCAACGUAGCCAACGCCAUGCCCCAAGCAGCAGGUCAGACCAGUGAGGGGGUGCUGGCUAACUUCUUCAACAGCCUUCUGACUAAGAAGGCCGGGGCAGGCGGGCCAGGGACUCCAGCGGGGGGUAACAACACUCCAGGGACUGUCCGCAAGUCAGGGUCUAAGCUGGGCCUGAGUGAUGUCCAGGCGGAGCUGGACAGGAUCUCCAGUCGGGAGACGGACGGGGAGCCCUCCAACGACACCCCCACCGACGGACAGGACACAUGAAGGGGGGCGGGGCCCACAUACCCCCCCCUCCCACCCCCCCCAACUCCCACACCCCACCCCCCCAUGCCACUUGUCACGCAGAGAGACGGUGGGAAUUUGGGAGAAGAGCGACCACGCCUCCCUGUCACUAUCCUCACCCCCCUAUCCCCGAGUCCCAGAAGAGGAGGGAGCACUCCCCCUGCCUCAGGCCUGCUGCAUUGUCUACACCCCCUUCCAGCCAACCUCCAUAUCCUCCCUUCCCUCAUCCCUUGCUCCCUACCUCCUCCUCUCUUCUCCUCCCAAAUGGGCCGCAGCAUCCAGGGAAGCAUCUGGCAGCGUUUCAUACUGGACUGUUCAUCUUUACGACAGAAGGCGACGAGAGGAGCUGUGAAAGAAAGAAUGAAGGGAACAAACUGACAGGAAGAGGAAAAGGGAGAGAGAAUGUUAGUGAGUGAGGGACUUAAGGAAGUAAGACAGAGAGGGGGGGAUGAUAUCCUCUUUAUACUGCAGGAGCUACUGAAAUGUGUGUGUGUGUGUGUGAGAGAGAGUACUGUUGGCGUUCUUGUGUGUGAAUGUGGCUUAAUGUGGGACAAGGCAGCCUUGGCCAGUAGUUCUAAAGAUGUGGGGAUUUGACUAUUGAUAAACAUGGCCUGAGAAAGAGAGGAGAGAAAAAGUCAGGAACAGAGAGUGAGGAAUUUGAGGCAAGUGUUACUAACCUUUUCAAUUUUCCGGCUGAAUGGAUUGAUGAAUACAACAGUAUUAUGAUCCUAA